GGCAUUGCUCCUGUUGCGACCGCCGCAGCAGCAGCAGCAGCAGCUGUGUUUAUUUAAGGUAUCGCAUUUUUAAAGCGCAUUGUGAGCCUCCUCGUCCACAUUCAUAUCGUGGGGUUCACGCUCCCAGCUCUGCUAUCCACGACCCGGGUACAUUUACCGACCGUGCAGAACUCGCAGUGACGCAUUUGGUAUACUAACCCGAACACUGACGAUGCCCCAGGUCAACUCAGCCUAAAAUUAGUACCUGGCAGGAUGUGGUCAGGACGGGUGCUGGCUUCGGGCCGCAGCGUCCACGUGCGAGCGGUGCGCUGGCCGCGCCGCCCGACUGCGUCUGCGCCGCUCUCAAGCGUGGAGGCGCUCGCAUCGAGCCCGUUGCGGGACAUGCAGAGGGUGGCGAUGAGGGCGAACUCCACCGCAGUGGGGCUGCAUCGACUGUCGCCCGUGAAUGUACCGAGCGCCACGGGAAAAACGUGCCGACUCCUACACAUUCACACCCUCCAUGCGGACGUCACGGCCGAUUCCCGGGGUCGGCCCAGCCCGCCCCCCGGGGUCACAUCGACUGACAUCACAUCUGCCCAUCGCCGUGCGCCGUCUCCGCCACGAUCGCCGUGGCCAGCACGUCACUCAGUGGAACCCGUGAGCGAGCGGCGCGACUGGAGAUGUCCUGACUCGCCAGGGGCGAUCGAGCCGUGGGAUCGACGGCUCUCAAACCCCAGCGCUGCCCCGUCAGUGUCGAUCGAACGACAGCCGCUUUCAGGGUUAUCCUACGGACAGACCGUCCUCGCCACAAGAAGGUGGAAUGCCUGGAUUGCGGGGUCGCCAUCGGAAAAACGUCAGAGGCGGAACGAGAAACUUCCCUGGGGGGAAGGCGGGGGGUAGCAAUGGGG